AUGAUGAACACAAAGAAGCUCAUGAAGAUGGCCAAGAAAUGGCAACAGAGAGCAGCCUUUAGCAGAAAAAGAAUCUCAUUCCAAAGAUCAAAUACUACUACUACUACUACUACUAGCAGCUCAACCGCAGUAGAGAAGGGCUGUUUCGUGGUUUACACGGCAGAUAAAAUCCGCUUUGCUUUUCCGUUAAGUUACCUGAGCAACUCUGUUUUCCAAGAGCUCUUGAAGAUCGCUGAAGAAAAGUUUGGCCUCCCAACCGGUGGACCAAUCACCUUGCCAUUUGAUUCAGUGUUCUUGCAGUAUCUCAUCAAAUUGAUUGAACGACGAAUGGAUGGAAAUACGGAAAGGGCUCUGUUAAUGUCCAUCUCUAGUGCUAGAUGUUCCUUACCAUGCUCUUUUCAACAACAAGAGCAAGUCCUUGUAUUUUAG